UUUACAAUUCAGUCUAAAACCAGACACAAACAAAAAACAAAACAAAAAUACACACAGUCAAUAAAUAGCAAACCAAAUAGAAGUUCAGCAAUACAAUCAGUGAACACGCAGUUAAUUUUACCAUUCCCUUUUCCAUUUCCUUUACCAUUACCCCCUUUACUUAAACGCCUUUACUCUUUACUCAUUUAACAAAAGAGAAAUAGAAAAAAAUCUAGGAAUAUGGCCUUCGUCGCGCGUCGUAACAGUGAGGGAAAGGUGGUCGAUCGAGUGGUCCUCACAGGACGCAGCAAAGUCUCUAGUCCGCUGCUGUCUCUGAGCGACGAGGAAUCGGAUGCCGAGACGCUGCAGUCCUACAGUGGUCGCACAGAAGGAGCUCCUACAGUGCGUUAUACAGGAUCCCACAUGAUGAACGAUGAUUGUGAGACGGAUGUGGAGUCAGCUUGCAUCUAUGACUGCGGUGAGAGCAUUCGGGAUACAGAUGGCGAGUCGAUGGCAAACUAUACAAUUCGCUACGAAGAUCCCUGUUGUGGCGCAGUGGGCCAGGACAGCGGCUAUGGAGAGCUGGAGAGCGACUGUGAGAAUGGAAAGUGCGAGGCAGAGGCUGAGACUGAUGCAGAUGCAGAUGUGGCGACAAUUAAGUGCUGGAGAGAUACUAAGAGUAUAGCAAGUGAGGAGGAGCGAGAGACAGUGACCGAUACAGAAACAUUGCAGCUGCGGGCGGAGCUGUCCAGUCUGGCCUCCUUUGAAAGCAGCACGGUGUGUGGUAAGACCGGCCUCACCGGCAUUGGCGGCUCUUUGGGCAACUUGAGCACAAUGACGCCCAACAAACUGGAUUCUGUUACAGACCAGAUGAUGAAUUUGGAUCUAACUAUGGGGGCCGAGACCUCCCUCAGUCGUCGCACCUACAUACUGGGAGAGAACACGGUGCGAGGAGAGUAUUGCGCCUCUCCGAUGCCAGGCUCAAGACGUGACGACUGCUCAUCCACCGACUCGACGUGCAGCUGGAGCGACAUGUAUGCCAAUGCCAUUCAGCAUUCGGAGAGUCGCAGUAACUUUGUGCCCUCUCUUAGUUUGAACAUGUCGGAGACGACGUCUUCCGGAACCUCGACCUACUAUCGCGCUCUCGAUGAUGACAAGGUGGAGCGUCAGGGUCAGGUCGCCUAUGAGGACUGGCUGUGUCGCAAAGAGCGACAAAAGCAGCAGAAGCUUCUGGCCGCCAAGCAGGAGCGGGAGCGACGGGAGGAGGAGGCAGCCCUUCGUCAGCGGCUCUCACAAGAGCGCUUUGACGCCUGGUGCAAGCAGAAGACGCAGCAGAAGAAGCAGGCGGUGAGUGGCUCUUCAUCGAUGAGCUCAUUAAAGAGCACACAGAAGAGCGCACAAAGGGAUGCAUCCAAAAACAAAUUGAAGGGCGCACAGAAGAUUUUAGCAAAGAGCGCGGAAAAAAGUACAGCAAAAAGUCCCACAAAUCAAGGUCCUCCUGAUCCCAAAGCACACUUGGAGGAGUGGGAACGUCUUAAGGAUAAGCAGCAGCAGCGCGAACGUGAGCGCCUACGGAAGCAACAAGAGGCGAAGAUGAGAACCGAGCAGAUGCGCAAGCGAAAAUCUGAGAUGGCAUGGGAAAAUUGGAUGAAGUCGGUGCAGACCCGACCCAAGCCCGUUCCACUAAAUCAAGGACUCGACACCCUGCGCGGCACUGUUUCCAACAUUUACAUAAACCCCAUUGAGUGGGUCUCCAACAUCGAUGUGAAUGACUCGCGUGGCAAUUAAGAGCCACAAGAUCGACCUUCAGAAGUCGCGACUCUAUUCCGAAGAGCAUUUGAGAAAACCACAAAAAAAGUUCAAAAACUAUGUUUGUAAAAUGGUUCCAGGCUACGGUUUUUGUGUUUUCACGGCCAAUAGCGAUUAUAGGUCAACCAAAAAAAAUAAACAUGAAUUUGUGUUUGUGGACUGAUUGGCGCUAUCAAAAACUUGGUGCGUUGACUCUCUAAUAAACUUACAGUUGCGGACAGACACGAAUUUUA